AUGGCUGCCUUGGUUGUCAAAUAUGGUGAGAUGGAAGAGGUCAAAGUUUUCGCCGCCAAGAUGACCAAGGGAACUUCCAGCUUCGGAAAGCGUCACAACAAGACGCACACUCUGUGCCGACGAUGUGGACGACGCUCUCUCCACAUUCAGAAGCACACCUGCUCUUCGUGCGGAUACCCGGCCGCUAAGACCCGAAAGUACAACUGGAGCGAGAAGGCUAAGCGCAGAAAGACCGUUGGUACCGGCCGCGUUCGAUACCUGAAGGACGUCUCUCGCCGAUUCAAGAACGGUUUCCGAACCGGUGUACCCAAGGAUGCGAGGGGUCCAGUACUGAAAUAA